AAAACUUAUAUAUAUAGAGCGAAAGCUAGAGCCUUUUCUCACACUCCAUCCCAAUCAAAACCCUAGCUUUUGGUACUCUUUCGAUUCUUUUCCACAUACAGAGUAUAUAUAUACGCUACAUAGAAAAAUAUUAAUCAAGAAAAAGGUGUUGGUGUAAAGAGAGAGGAGAAUUUCAGAGCAAUGGACGAAAGCCCUUCUGCUAAGAGAUGGCUUCCACUUGAAGCUAACCCUGAUGUUAUGAACCAGUUCCUUUGGGGACUCGGGCUUCCGGAGGAUGAGGCAGAGUGCCAUGAUGUAUAUGGCUUGGAUGAAGAACUAUUGGAAAUGGUCCCAAGACCAGUUCUUGCUGUGCUGUUUCUUUAUCCUAUCACACCCCAGAGUGAAGAAGAGAGGAUACUGCAAGACAGUGUAAAAAAGGAGCAUAAUGAUAGAGUUUACUUCAUGAAACAAACUGUGGGAAAUGCUUGUGGAACAAUUGGACUUCUUCAUGCUGUUGGGAAUGUAACUUCCGAGAUAAAGCUUCUUGAAGGGUCUUUCUUGGACAGAUUCUACAAAUCAACUGCAGCCAUGGAUCCAUUAGAGCGUGCUGCAUUCCUUGAAAAAGAUAGGGAGAUGGAAGUAGCUCAUUCAGUAGCUGCUACUGCUGGUGAAACUGAGGCUUCAGAUAACGUGGACGCUCACUUUAUCUGCUUCGCGUGUGUGGAUGGCCAACUUUAUGAGCUUGAUGGAAGAAAGUCUGCUCCAAUUUCACAUGGUCCAUCCUCACCAAGCAGCUUAUUGCAGGAUGCAGCUAAAGCCAUACAAGGAAUGAUCCAAAAAAAUCCCGACUCAAUGAGCUUCAAUGUCAUUGUUUUUUCGAAGAAAGCUAGGUAAGCAUAGUGUCGUUGCAACUUGAGCUAAAAAAACCGGUCAUGCAUAGGUUGAAUGUUUUAACCUAGACAUACUUGGAUGCAAACAUUUCUUAGUUCAUGUCUUAUUCUGCUUUUGACAUAUAGUUGGUAGAAAUUUCUGUAUUCGAGCCACUCUAUACAGUUCGUUUGUUUGCUUGUGCAAAUUUCUCCCGAGUUUGUUGCAUUUGGAGAAAUAAUUUGAUUAUGUGGAACCCGGUUUAACAA